UAGCCCUAUACCCUUGCCUUACAUGGGCAAAUAUCUGUUCUCAGCGAGUCGGCUGGAAUUUGGAGCUGUGACGUCAGCGGCUGCUGCUGUCCCAGUCUGGUCUAGAAUUGUGAAAAAGAAGUUUGCUAGACUUUUGUGUGGGAAUUGAAACUCUAGCUAGCUAUAUUCCUAGAGAGAGCGAGAUAGUGGACGGCGAGGUGCUUUCUCAUCGACCUGAGGACUCAUCCGCCUGGGGUACGCAGCAACCUGAGGACUCAUCCGCUGCCAGGCCAGUGCACCCGUAGGGAGAGAAGGAGCCUGAUCCUGCAGUGACUGCCUGAUCCCGCUGUCUGUUUGGAAGAUUUUGAACCAUGUGGACCCCCUCCAGCAGUGAUGGAGACCAACCGGGGAAGGUGACGGCCAGGGUGGAGACCACGCCCGCCCUGGGGACCCCCAGCAUCUCUGUCUCCCAGCAACAGGCCCCCAAGAAGUUCGCCCCUGUGGUUGCACCCAAGCCCAAGUUCAACCCGUACAAGCAUCCCGGAGACCCUGCCCACGCUGAUGCUGGAGAGGAGUAUCUCCCGCCGCCUCCUCCGAUGGACGAGCCCAGUGAUCUCCCAUCGCCCACCUCCUUCCCUCUCCCCCCAGUCCUGGACGGGUACCAGAUCAAGGGCCAGGAGAAGACCCUGGAGCAGAGACGUUCCAGUCUGGACGCUGAGAUUGAUUCUCUCACCAGCAUCUUGGCCGACCUGGAGAGCAGCUCUCCUUACAAGCCCCGAAACACACAGAACUCUGGAGUCCCGGCCGUCACCAGUCCCAACGCCGCUGUGACGGGUUACAAGCGCAUGGUCAUCCCCACUCAGCCCCCCCUGACGGCCACCCUGAAGUCUACCCCCAAGACCCCCGCCCCUGCCUCCUCCACCCCCCCCUCCUCUGCCAGCCCCGUGCCCAAGCCCCAGCCCCAGCCGGUCCCAGCCUCCUACGCCACCGCCUCCACCCCCAGCCAGCCCACCUUCAACGUCCAGGUGCGCUCCUCCCAGCCCGGGCCCCAGCACCAGGCCCCAGGGAACCACCCCUUCGCGCCGCAGCCCGCCCGCGGUCCGGCCCAGCCCCGGGGCCCUGACUUCGCCUUCGGGCCCCCCCAGCCAGGCUUCGCCCCCGUGCCCCAGAGCAUCUACCAGGACCAGCCCGCCCAUGGAGGACCCCCGGCCGCCUGGAGGCCUGAUGGCUCCCCCAGCCAGGCCUACCCACCAUCGGGCCCCCUCAGCCAGGCCUACCCACCAUCGGGCCCCAAGAAGACCUACAUCACCGACCCCCCGGCCAGCCUGGCCCCCUACAGCUCCGGGCCACUGCCUCCACACAAGGGCCCUGCUCCACGACCAGAGGAAGAGCUGGAGCGUCUCACCAAGAAGAUGCUGUUUGACAUGGAUCACCCUCCGGCACAGGAGUACUUUGGACGCUGUGCCUGCUGUGGUGAGAACGUGGUGGGGGAGGGGACAGGAUGCACAGCCAUGGACCAGGUGUUUCAUGUGGACUGUUUCGUGUGUAUGACCUGCGGCAGCAAGCUGCGGGGCAAGCCCUUCUACGCCCUCGACAAGAGGGCCUACUGUGAGCCCUGCUACGUCAACACCCUAGAGGCCUGCACCAUCUGCAGCAAGCCCAUCAUGGAGCGCAUCCUGCGGGCCACAGGGAAGGCCUACCACCCCCACUGCUUCACCUGCGUGGUGUGCCAGCGCAGCCUGGACGGCAUCCCCUUCACCGUGGACGCUGCCAACCACAUCCACUGCAUAGAGGACUUCCACAAGAAGUUCGCCCCGCGCUGCUGUGUGUGCUCUGGACCCAUCAUGCCCGCCCCCGGCCAGGAGGAGACCGUCCGCAUCGUGGCGCUCGACCGAGACUUCCACGUGCAGUGCUACCGCUGCGAGGACUGCGGGGGCCUGCUGUCGGAGGGGGAUAACCAGGGCUGUUACCCGCUGGACGGACACGUUCUCUGCAAGAAUUGCAACACCAGCCGAAUCCAGGCUCUGACCGCCAAGGCCACCACUGACCUCUGAACCCUGACACCCUCCUGACCUCUGCUGCUCUGCCCUCAGGCUUCCCCCUCCCUCUGUCUCUCCCUCUCUCCCCUCUCUCUCUCUCCCCUCUCUGUCUCCCUCCAUCUCUCCCCCUCUUUCCCUCUCUCUCCCUCUCACAGUCUCUGUCUCUAACUCCCCCAUCUCUCUUUCCAUCCUUGUCUCUCUCUCUCUCUCUCUCUCUCAGUCUCUUCCCCCACCUCUCGUUCCUAUCUCUCACUGACUGUCUCUCUCUCUCUCUCUCUCUCUCUCUGUUCUCUCUCUCCCUUGUAACCUGCAUGCACACUAGGCGUGUCUCACAGGCGCUGUGAUCCAGGCAGGGUCUUCAGCUCGCCCAGCACUGACCAGGCUCACUAUAUCUGUUGAUGUUUCUGUGUUCUUGUGAAGACACCCCACUUUCAGAACGGUUGUCUGAUGGCACCUCCUGUUCUGUCAUUGAACCCCCCGUAGACCAGACAGACAGACAGCUAAACCAGACAGCUUCACAAUCUCCUUUUGGUGUAUCAGGUAGACCGGUAUGUCAGACAAACAGGUGUCAGUCAGACAGGUUAGAAGGGUGCCUCCAUCUGCCUCGUACACAGCUUAUAAUGCCAUAUAACACUAUGAAAACGCUAUUAUUGCUUGUCCGUGAUACAUUUUUUGUCAGUAUAAAUACAAAUAAAUGCACAGACACACUGCCAAGCACACACACACACAGUCUAAACGACAUGCUACCAGCCUGGCUGGUCUUAGUCAUGCUCUGUUUCAUGGUCCUCUGGCGUGAGGUGUUGGCCGACACACAGCAGCCAGUCAUAGAUCACCUUCUCAGUAAACAUUAGCUGACACAGCGCUCCCAGUUCCUCUGCUGCUCUGGGCUGCUGCUCUGGGCUGCUGCUCUGGGCUGCUGCUCUGGGCUGCUGCUCUGGGCUGCUUCUCUGGGCUGCUUCUCUGGGCUGCUGCUCUGGGCUGCUGCUCUGGGCUGCUUCUCUGGGCUGCUGCUC